AGCGUAAGUAAAAGACCUAUUUCUAGGACACCACCUCUCACGGGCGAUGUGAAUGUAAUUACCAUAAAAGUUAUAAAACAUAAAACCCUACCUUGCACAAACCCUACCUUUUCUUGUUCAAAUUUGGUACCCUAAUUUUGCAGUUGCAGGAAAGACGACCCAGCUCUCGAAGUACUGAAGAAAAAUGGGAGGAAAGUGUCCACACAGGAAGGUCAAGAAGAGAAGGUUGUCUCACAAGACGGCUCGUCGUACCAAAUUCCUUGUGAAAGGUGACGAUGCUGUUUAUGAGGAGAUUCAGAAGCGAGAUGAAGAUAAGAAACCAUUGCCUGUAGAUGAAGAUCUUCCCGGAAUGGGCCAAUAUUACUGUUUGCACUGCGAUCGGUACUUUGCGAAUGUGGCGGUGAGGGAUGAGCACUUCAAGACAAAACGACACAAGAAGCGUGUGAAGCAAAUGAUGGGUCCUGCACCACACACUCAACUUGACGCCGAUGUAGCUGCUGGGAUGGGGAUGCCAGACAAUGGUCCAAAACUAAUGUCGAUGUGAGCUUCCGGCGUUUGGUUCUUCUAUGGAUAAAUGUUAUGCAUGUUAAGUGAGCUGCGGAUUAGUCUCUUGAUACUGGAAGAUUUUUGUUUAAAAUGGUAUUGUAAAAGUGAUAUUUCGCGUUACCCUUACCCUUAUGAAAGAAGACUAUAUCUUGUCACAGUUAAAAGUCAUGUCAGACCAGCUAGUUCCAAAUCAAAUUUCUGCCCAGUAUACUCAAUGUAUGUGUUUAUCUUGUCA